UAAAGGCUUAAUAUUAUGCAGAGUGCGUCAUAUAGAAAGGGUUUCGGUUUGUGUUUAUUAACCCUUUAGUUUCACUUCAUCACGCAGCUUUUCCUGUUAGAGGUUUCUGUUAAAAACAUUUAAUUCAUUAAAAAUCUAGUAUAUGUUCAUUGUUCUGUCAUAGCCUCUUCAAAAUUAAGUUUUAUUUGAGUGUUUUUAAUAAAAAUAUUUUCAUUUUCACUAUGACAUGUACCCCCUGAUUGCCCCACCCCCAGUUAAUCGAGUACUCGUUCUUCAGACCUAUGGAUUAAUCGAAAUGAAAAAAAUGACAUAAAUGCACAUCCCUAAUAGUUCCUAAAGUUCCAACUUGUAAUAUGUUUUAAAGCCUUUUCGUGUUGUCCAUGUUUAAACAGCCUCCAAGUCGGUACACAAAUAGCACACUUCAUGCAUACAGACUAAACUGUAUAGUCAAUAUUGACAAUGAAAACAUGGCAGGUUGGGGGAAUGUCCUGAUGUUCAUUGUGGUGCUGUACAUGUCAUUAAGAUAGCUAUUUUAAUGUGACCUGAAGGCAACUUUAUAUGUUUAUGUGUUUAAUUAUCCCUUACAAAAUUAAUAUUUUUUUUAUUACAGCAAAUUAAUAAAACAAAACAUGUUUACUCCAAAGUUUAACCAUGGUUACACCAUCAUUUUGCUAUAGUAACCACAGUUUAACCAUGUUUUGUACUUAAUACAUGGUUUUACAAUAACAAAAAAAUACAGUAUGUUUAAUGCACUUUCACAAUAAUAAAAGUAAGUUUAGUAAGGGAUGGAGCCACUGUUUGCCUCUUCAUCUCUGGCUGAUUCCAUUGCUGUUAUUUUGGGUGGUUUGGGGUUCUUCGUCUCGCUUUUGUUGCUCUUGCAGAGUUUGGUCCGGUGUUGUCCUUGUUGCUGUUUUGAUGUUGCUUUGAGGUGUUUGAUGGUGUCUCUUUUCCUUUGUGAUAUGUUUUGUUUUGUUUUUUCCACCCUUCUACCAUUCUGUCUUCAUGUUCUUUUGGGUUUGUGUCUGGUGUCUAUCCCAGCUUCCCUCAUCUGCGCUCAGUCCUUACUCCACACCCCCCACACCCUCGCCCGCUAACGGACCCCCCUCCCCAAAGUUUGGCCGGGAUCCCCUGUCGUACUGUUUGAAGGAAAUCAAUAAGACAGUCAAACCUCGAAUCUCUUCCUUCCGGACCCUCAAGAAAACGUCCGUUGACAGCGAGAGCUUCACCCAUCUCCCUCCCGAGCAACGCAGGAAACGCUUGCAGCAGAAGAUCGACGACAUCAGCAAAGAGCUGCAGAAGGAAAUAGAUCAGAGUGAGGCUCUGGGCAAGAUGAAAGACGUGUAUGAAAAAAACCCUCAGAUGGGAGACCCUGCCAGUUUGGCCCCUCAGAUCACUCAGACGGCACAAAACAUGGACAGACUGAGAGGAGAACUCAACAAAUAUGAGGGCUGGCUCACAGAAGCAGGAGGCCGUGGAGACUCGAUACGAUACUCGACUCAUUCUCUGAAUAACAACGGCGCUCACAACCUCAACAGUCCCGGAGUUCUUUUAGAUGAGACUGACAACUCCCAAGCCAUCUAUACUGAAUUUGACGACGACUUUGAGGAAGAAGAUCUGUCUGCACCUAUUGGUCAAUGCACAGCUCUCUACAAUUUCCCAGGCUCCAGUGAGGGAACCAUAUCUAUGCAGGAAGGGGAGGUGCUGUCUGUAGUGGAGGAGGAUAAAGGCGACGGAUGGACACGGGUGCGCCGGAACAACGGGGACGAGGGCUACAUCCCGACUUCUUAUGCUACCAUCAAACUUAAUAAAUGACCUCAUCUUUCAAUCUUUAUUGCAGCAGAGGAGCACUAUACCAAACACUUAGCUUUAGAUUAUACAUCCCAGUGUGGCUUGCCGGCGCUCCUCUUGGAAAGAGAGUUUGGGGAAAUAUUGCACAAUAUUGCGCUAAAAGACUCCUACCCUAAAAAUAAGUGUAUUUCUCAGGGUGUGUAUUGUGUCAGUACAUGAGCUAGAGAAGGUUGGAAUAAUUUUUUCCUCAUUAUUUGACCUACAUGGAAAACAAUGCAGCAGCGUGCCAAAUACAUAAGCAACUGUUGCUCAACAGAGAGAUCUGAUCUUCUGGUCUCUGAUGCGGACUUUGAUAGCAGCCUAUCAGAGGAGCCGAGAUGGUUUUCCUGGGCACGUCCUUCACAAAGAUCCUUCAUCUGGAGCCGUGGGCACAUGGGUAUGAUUAGUGAAUUAUGUUAUUUGAACAUAUAAUUCCAGCUCCAUACUUGAGCAAAAAGCCCUGUGCCAUCUCUGCUGGCAGACAUUCAGAAAACCAUCGCCUCCCCCACGUGAAGCAACAUUUUAACUUGAAGUAUUUGCUCUGAUGAUUCUAGUGGCCAAACUUUGUUUUACAGUCUUGCAUAUGCUUUCCUAUGUGUGCGGUAACACUGAUCUAUAUGCCACAUCUGUGAGAUGAUAGGACGAAAUGUGUAUAGGCAAUAGUGAACAAUUGCAUUUAAGGAAUAAUUAGUUGUCAUUUUUUUCCUUAUAAGACUGUUACGCAAAUACACACUUUGCAAUAUAAAGUUAAGACAAUCAAAGCCUUUCUACACGGAUAAAGUCACAGUUCUCAACUCUAAAACUAUAUAGAAUGUUUUUGAAUAUAAUUUAUUGAGUAUAUAAAUAAGUUUGUAUAUUAAACGUCACAUUUUAAGAGAUAACUGCACACAUUUGCAAUUUCUGUUAGGUCAGCAAAAUAUAACGUAACUCGCAACACAACAUUCAGGCUACAAAAAAACUAGGAUUUUCGUAUAUAUACAGUAUAAAAUAAUAUAUUUUUAGUCGUCACAACGCCACUAUUGUCUUAUUAUCCUUUUAUUCUUGAUGAAUAAAGAUUUGUAUAGUUAUAACAGAACUAUUGAGAUGUCUCUGUGUUCUGCAUUUGUUUUGUUUGUUUUUAGGGAAAAUUUGUUAAUGUUUGGCUAAGUCAAGGUGCCUUCAACGUUGUGUAUAUACCAUAUUAAGAAUACACCAUUUUAUUGUCUAUAAAUCUCAAGCACAUUUCCACUUGAUACAAUGUCUCGACCGUUUCUUUGUUUUUGGUAACAUUUCUUACGAAAAUAUGUUUAUGGCUUAUUUGUCAUAAGUGAAUCUCUGUUUUAAUAAAUAUUAGACCAACUUA